AUGUGCCUACAAGAGAGGCGUGCUGCUCAGAGGAAGAGAAGGAGACGGCGCGCCGACAAAGCCAUUCAGGAGGGCUGUGAGCUGAUCUCCAUCGACACCCGGAAUGCAACAUGCGGGAAUGAAGCUGCUCAGCACAGCAGCUACGGCCUCUUUCCAGAGGAGACAGCGAGCAUGGUGGCAGCAUGCGCAGAGGUGGCGGCCAGUGCAGCUUUUGAAGAGAAUUUGCCUGUUCAAUUGUGCUCUGCUGGGGGAGGUCGUUCGGCGGCAAUCCUGGUUGAACAUGCACCAGCACUUGCCGACGGCUUUUGCGAGCACAAGAUCCAUGAAGACAGCGGCUCGGCCAUGAGCUGCCUGUGGGAUGAAUUUGGGGGACAGGAGGAAACAGGCAUGCCCCCAAUCGCAGAUUCUGCAGCAGCACUGUUGACAUGCGGUGGCGCCUCGGCAGCCGGUAGCAUCGCGCUCGCCAACAGUCCAGCUUUCACCAGCUUCCCCUCUUGGCUCCCGCAGCAGCAGCAGCACGCUCCAGAUCAGGAUCCCUGGCAGGUGACGGACACGCAGCCAGGUCAGAAUGCUCUGCAGGCCACGAUCAUGGAGCCUAUUCAGCCGCCCGGGCACGCAGCAAUGUUGGAGCCGGUUCGCACUGCAGACAGCUGCAAGGUUGCCGCCGACUCUGGCGGCUCUUCUGCAAAUGCCUGCGCAGCCGCCCAGGUCGGCGCACCCAGCUGUGCUUUCCAGAUGGCCGAGGCAGAUGAAGUAACUGCGGCGCAUGCUGACGGCUUGCUGAAGCGCGGCCGCUGCUGGACAGCUGGGGAAGAGAAAUUAUAUGAGCCAAGGAUUGACAUACACUUGACGGCACCGCAUUUGAGCCGGAGAGCCGAGGCGGCGCGCGGAAGGCUAGCUGUGGUCAAAGACGUGAGGCCCAAGGCGGAGCGGCAGCUGUGUCCAUUACAGGCCCGCCUCACGGCCGCGCAUUGGGAGCGCACUUGCGCCAGAGCCAACAGCAAGGCACGCAGCUGCAGCUAUCAUUUGUUUUCCGGGGCGCAGAGCGCCUGCGCGGCGGCAGCUGAAGCGCGGCUUGGGGAAGCUGACGAGCAGCUACGCGGAUUGCUCGGGGUGGCAGAGGCACAGAUCCGGGAGCUGACGCGUCAAAAUGCUGAGCUGUUGCGCCAGGUGGCAGCAUUGACAAACUUGGUCAUUUUGGUAUCCCUCUGA